AUGCAGCCCAUUCUGCUGGUGAUCGAAACCUCGCGACUCAGGCGGACACUCUGUCUGGUGAAAGAACCGCGCUUGCCAUAUAUAGGUUACUACCUGACCGAGCUGACAUUCGUCGAUGUGAAAGAAGCGAAUCGCACUGACCGCGAUGGCUGUGCACUGAUCAACGUCGACAAGAUGCGCCGCUUAGCGUCUGUGCUACAUGAUAUAGCCGUCUGUAAG